UUAAAGUAUUGUCAAUUUACUUAAGUGCCCACACCGCUAUUAUCCCGUUAUCAAUUUGUUUACCAAUAAAAAUGAACGAAAGCAGUUAAAACGAGAUAAAUGUUUCAGUAUAUAACGUUAUCACCCGAUUCUCGUAGUUGACCAGCGUGUUUCAAUUCGUGUAGUUGUGUUUGUGAGUGAUUCAGUUAACGAUGACGGGCGAGUGCCAAUUGUUUUUAAGCAAGCGACUAGUUACUGAAACUAGAAUCUUCGAUGGAGGAGUUUUGGUCGACGACCGGGGAAUUAUUGUGGACAUCCUAGACCGAAAUGAAGCCGAAAAGCUGAUAGCAAGCAAGAGUAAACUUAAAGUGACAGAUGGUGGAGAGUGGGCCUUAAUAGCAGGGGUUGUCGAUUCUCAUGUGCACGUAAACGAGCCAGGCCGCACCGCCUGGGAGGGGUUCCGCACCGCCACCAAUGCAGCUGCUGCUGGAGGCAUCACUACCAUCAUCGACAUGCCUUUGAACUCAAUCCCGCCAACAACGACAUUGGAAAAUCUUAAAACUAAAGUAAAUUCAGCUACUGGACAUGUUUACGUCGAUGUUGGAUUUUGGGGUGGAGUAAUAGUUGGAAACCAGGAUUCUCUGCGAGAAUUGGUCAAGGCUGGAGUGGUGGGAUUCAAAUGCUUCCUUUGUCCUAGCGGCGUCGAUGAAUUUCCUAAUGUAGAAGCUGAAGAUUUAGAGCUAGCCUUUAACGCACUUGAGGGUACUGGAUCGGUUUUGGCAUUUCACGCUGAACUUGAUGACGAUAAUAAUUCUUGUGGUGGAAAAAAUAUUAGCGAACAAGAUCCUGAGGAAUAUAAGACGUAUCUCGAGUCUCGGCCGCCUAGAAUGGAACUAAAUGCAAUAACGCUUAUUACCAGCUUUCUAGAUAAAACAGAUGUGCGUGUUCACGUAGUUCACGUGUCUUCGGCAACUGUAGUUCCACUGUUGGAGAAAGCUCGCACCUUACGCCUCGCUAAGGGUCACCCGGCAUGGCGGGGUGGAGUCACCGCGGAGACCUGUCACCAUUACCUCACACUAAGUGCUAGCGAUGUUCCCAGAGGGCACAGCGAGUACAAGUGUGCCCCUCCGAUACGGGAUGCUGAUAAUAAGGAGAAGUUAUGGAAAUAUUUGCUAGAUGAUAAAUUGGAUUUGGUUGUAUCGGAUCAUUCACCUUGUACGCCUGAUCUUAAAUGCAGUAACACCUUAGAAGCUUGGGGCGGCAUUUCGUCGGUGCAAUUCGGUCUUUCAUUAUUUUGGACACAAGCAUCGAACAGAGGUUUGGACUUGAGAUCAAUAAGCAAAUACUUGAGCGCUGGGCCCGCUAACUUGUGCGGCUUGCAAGACCGUAAAGGAGCUCUAAAGCCAGGUCUAGACGCAGACCUCGUGUAUUUCGACCCUGAUGAAUCUUUUAUUGUUUCACCUGAUAUUAUUCGACAUAAGAACAAGCUGACGCCUUAUAUCGGAAAAGAAUUGAAGGGUGUUGUGAAGAAAACUUAUGUACGUGGCCAGUUAGUGUUUGGUGAUGGAGACAUUGUCGGUGAACCAAAGGGAAAAUUAUUAAUAAGGGACUUUAAUUAGAUAGGUUCGUCAUUGUUUUAGCCUGUUAGCACUGUCCACCGCUGGACUAACGAGUGCUAACACACCCGGUUUUGAGUCUUCCUCAUGCAGCACUUGCCGCCAGCCUGUAUAAUAUAUUAUGUCCUCUUUCCAUCUUGCUUGAAGGCGCUCCACAUACUUAUCGUAGACACGGUCACCACUCUAAGAGUAGAACUUCAGCUUUGAUUAGUGUACCUAAGUAUAAUGAAAACAAAUACCUACUUAUUAUAUUUAUUGUAAUAAAUUCUAUUAAGUAUUACCUAUCACAAAAUAAAUGAUAUGAAUACGAGUUGUUUCUUU